AGACUGGAAACCACUGUAGUGCAGUUGGACUUGACGUAUAGCAACACAACAUCACUGACUUUUUAACAGGCAGACACGGCGACUUGGCACGUUAGCGACUGCAUUUACAGGGCUCAACCAGGCACGGCGUGAUUGAGGGACUGUGACGGAUGCACAGGAUGCCAGUUUGAGUCCAGUUUGACAAACAGGAAGUAAUCGAUCUCCAACCACAUUUUCUAGCCACCGCUCCAGUGUGAGAGCACCUCAGUACCUCGUGCUGAGCUGGGGGACUGCAGCAACCAGACAGAAGACAUAAGGCGACGAAGAGAGGGACAGAAAAAGCAAGAAGAACACAGGAGCAAAGCCGCUAAAAAAGAGCUCUGAGAAGCAGAGGAGACAGCAUGUUGAUUAGAGCUGUUUUGAAGAGACAAACUGACCGUGGAGGAGACAGACUGAAAUAUAUAGAUUCUUCGCUCAGAGGCAGAAAAGAGGCAGAGACAGUCAAAAGUUCAAGGUGUUGGCCAUGGCUGUGCGCCUGCUGCUAGGAGGGUAGAGUUCAACCCAACCACUCCUACACUACAACUUCCUGAACCUUCAUCCUCUCUCCUAACCUGACCCAGAGUCAGUGUCUCGAGCCCUCCAUCUUCUCCUUUUGUGCUCCUUUUCCCUCCACCAUCUCUGUUUUCCCAGAGUCGGGUUUUGUUCUGCAGCAGGAACACUGUCUGUGAAUCAGUUGAACAAAAGUGUGCCACAGUCGCCUGCUUCAGAGUUGGAGAGACAGCAGCCUCCUGUUCCCACUCAUGGACUUUUGAUGAAGAAUGAUGGCAGCGAGACUGUCAGGCGCCGCCCCUUCCUCUCGGCCACCCUCCCUCCCCCCAGCGGCCACGGCUAGAACUGGUUAAGGUUGGACUAUCGGCAUCCAUCGCAGCAUCGGCAGCAGCUGGCAGAGCGCGGGAAGGAGCAGUAUGCAGGAAACUGACUUACCAGCUACAAAUGCCUUCAAAGAGUGCAAGUUCCACUGCACCAAUGGGAAUUGUUUGCGUCUGGGCUCGCUGAUCUGCAACCAGCUGAAUAACUGUGGGGACAACAGCGAUGAGGAGAACUGCCCUGUGGUCACCCAGCACCCUCCACCGGGCAUCUUCAACUCUGAACUGGAGUUUGUUCAGAUUGUCAUCAUCAUCGUGGUGAUGACAGUGAUGGUGGUGGUGAUCAUCUGCCUGCUCAACCACUACAAGCUCUCCACCUGGUCCUUCAUAACAAGGCAGAGCCAGGCCCGCAGGCACGACCAUGCCCUGCAGCAGGACGGGUGUCUGUGGCCUUCAGACAGCGGCUCUCGACAAGGUGCCUCAGAGGUGUUAUACGCUCCCCAGGCCAGGGAUCGCUUCACCGCUCCCUCCUUUAUGCAGCGCGACCGUUUCAGCCGCUUCCAGCCAACCUACCCUUACCUGCAGCACCAGAUCGACCUGCCGCCCACAAUCUCGCUGUCGGAUGGCGAGGAGCCCCCGCCGUACCAGGGUCCCUGCACCCUGCAACUCCGCGACCCCGAGCAGCAGAUGGAACUCAACCGCGAGUCGGUGAGGGCGCCACCAAACCGGACCAUCUAUGACAGUGACUUGAUCGACAUGGGAGGAGGCGGUACCCUGGGAGGGGUGGGUGGUGGAGGGGGAGGACUGGGAGGAGGCGGUCCGAGGCCGCCCAGCAGUAACUCGGGCAUCAGUGCGACCAACUCCAGCAGCCAUGGGCGCAUGGAGGGCCCCCCGCCAGCGUACAGCGAGGUGAUGGGUCACUACCCCGGCUCAGCAUUCUUUUUACACCAGCACAGCAAUAACCAGAGGGUGGGGGGGCCGGGGAGCAGGACGAUCCAGCAGAAGAGCCAAUCAGAAAGCACAAUAGUACCUGCCAAGGCCAAGGACGGCCAACCGGAGGACCUGGUGUGAAGAGAGGGGUAGGGGGCAAGUGGGGGGAAACCCACCCCGGACUAGAAACUGUCUCUCCUCUUCACCCCUGUAAGCAGUGGUCUCUCUAUCGCUCUCUCUCUCUCUCUCUGUCUCUCUCAUGUCCUUUUUCCACACUCCCAUGCACAAAUAAAUAUCAACCUUAGCUACAACAAAACAAGGGAAGAGAACCAACCGUUGAUUUCAUUUCAGUUUCUUUCCGAUGUUAGUAACUCAAAGCGCUAGCACCACUGGGGCAGGAUGUAUGCACUGCUCUGAGAGGUUUGUUUUUUUUUUCCUUACAUGAAAAUGAAACAUUCUGCUAGCACAGAUUGAAACAAUUUGGGGGUCUUUUUUUUUGUCCCCCUCGUCGACGGCUUUGUCUCUUGGAACUUUAAAAUAUUUUUUAUUUUUGUUCUUUUUUUUUUUUUUUUUUUUGGACCGGGAUCUGUGCACAAAGCGAGAAGUGAGAAUGGACUUACAGAGAACACAACAAAAAAGAGACUCACAAAAACCCAAAUCUUAGUGCCAAGGUUCACGAGGAAGCAAAGCAGGGGUGGGGUGGGGGUAUGACUCAUUCUAACAUUCAAAACACGAAAAAAAGAAAAGUUAUCUAAAAGUUGCACUAUCUUUUUGUUGUAAAAGAGAAGAGGGAAAUGAUGCUAUGUUAUAAUGAUGAUGUUUUUUUUUUGUUUUUGUCCUUUACAUGAAUGAACUGACUGACUGAACUUGGGCUCCAAAGUUGUUUAAACAGUUGGGAGCAAAAAAGAAAAACAACAACAAGUAUUAUAAGCUUAUGUCCUUCCUGUUUUUGAAAUACUGCAAGAAAUACUCGUACCCAGCCUACAACACCUCUGUCUGCUUACACCACAGGCACAGUGAGACUCAGUAGGAGUCUUGUACUGCUCACGUCUGUGCACACUUCAGCCUAGUGGGAAAGAAAUCUGACUAGUGACCAGCCGCUGGGUGGACCAAACAUUUCUCACCUCCUCUUGUAUCAUGUAACGAGUCGUUUCUGAACUCCUAGAAAGAUGAGAGCUGCUUGGCAAGAUCCAACACGCUCCAUACUUCAUUCUGGGGUAAUCUUGAACCUGGAAGAUCAUAACUUCAUAACAAAAAAAAAAGAAGAAAAAAAACAUAUCUAACAGUCUACCCAGCAGCCUGGUUAAAGCUGAUUCUUCAUUUUUCCACUCUGUCCCAACCUCUGAGCACCUGACACUUCCUCUUUCCUGUUUCCUGCAUCCAUGACCCCUCCUCCCCCCCUUCCCCUCCUCUCACUCCUCAUCUCGACAUGCACAGUGCAUUCUGCCAACAGCCACACUGAACACAAACCCCGCCGCCAUGACAACGAAAAAACACAAAACAAAAAGAAGGCUCGGUCUUCACGUCUCUAAAGCCACAAAAGAAAAAACAAACAAACAAGAAGACACAAAGUGAAGAUUCCUGUCUGCAUCCGCCAGCACAGCGAUCAGGUUUUAAACCAGAACUGUCUGUGGUCUAAGUCAAAGGGCUAUGGGAGGGUCCUUUUUUGUAAAAGAAAACCUUUUUUUGAAGAAAAAAAAAAAUCGAGCCUUUUUCUCUGCUCAUCGUUGCCUUCUCCUCUGCUCUUGCGCUUUCUCUGUCUCUCUAUCUCGUUUGUGUUCAACGCCAGUGCUCCAAACCCCGAAUCCACACACAACCCCCCGACCCACCCCACCCUCCUAGCUUUUAAAACAGUGUCUCUGGCAAACACUGAUCAUCACCAAUCCCUCCAUCCCUGUGCAGAAAAAGUGCGUUCAAAUGAUGCAGAGUCAAGCCAAGCCCUUUAAAGUGGAGACUGGAGUGGAGCCCUCGUUUGGCAGUGUGCAAGUGCAGUCCUCUCUUCCCCCUGUGUGCCUGCGUGUGUGCGUGCUUGUGUGUAUAUAUAUAUCUGUGUGUGUGUGUUUGUUAGACCUUUAACUACACAAAAAAGCACUUAAUGCUCCAGCAGGAGCAUUGUGUGUGAGUCUGUGUUUAUCUGAGUGAUUUACUUGCUGACUGCUUUGUCUGAGUUUAAAAGAUUCAAAGACAUAUUACUUAUUUGGCACUGUCCAUAUUUACCCAGCAUUAAUGAUGCGUUCAUUAAAAUCAGAGGAGGAUGUUGCAGAAGUGACCUCAAUGUAAAAGCUCAAAGUGUAUGUCACAGUCAAACACACAGGUUAUUGCAAAGCUGCACAAAGAUCACUCCGCCUGUCUGGAGGUUGAAAUGGAGCUGUAGGUGUACCUGAGGGGGUUUGGCAGUGUUUAAAACACAGACACCUGGCUAUUUAUUCACCUUUUUGUGUGUUCAGCUCCACCGCAAACUUCUACAUCAGCCUUCACAAAUUCUCAUGUUUAACCUUCAAGAGCAUCUUUAUCAGAGUUUCCUUUAAGUGCCAGCUGUUUGCUGGACAUUAAACAUUUUCAGCUCACCGCUUCCUAAGGUGUUUCAAGUUACAUUAGCAUAGCUUUUAACUUUAUCAAAGGAUUGAGCCAGCUUGAGAGCUUAGUGAGCCGUAGCUUGGCUCACAGCCCCUGAAACCCAAGUGAUGGGAAUCACAAGUGUUUAACUAGAAACUGCCUUACUAAGUGAUGUUGGUGUUUUAAUUACCAGGUUUUUGUUUAUUUAUUUAUUUUUUUGGAGAGGAGAUCUCUGUGGAUAAGUUGGCGCCUGGUGAAAAGCUCAUGAAUGACAACCUUUCAAGGGUAUUUCUUUCGAUGUUGCAGCUAAAAGACGAGUUGCAGAAAAACGACUGACAAAAUGCAACUUGAUUCAAUGUCUUUUCCACUGAUGAGAGAAGAGCAAUCUUCCCCAGUUUCAUACUUCAUAUUAACCCUCAGAAGACCAAAAACACUUCUGAGUUCAGUCAAGUUAGAAAAUAAAAAAAAGUUGGAAAUGAUGGAGCGUGUACGUCAGAGCAUGGCUCACUUGUGUUUUAAUAGUUUAUGACGUCAAAGGAUUCAGACACAUUAGACGUUGGACACACGCUUUUCUUUUUAGUACAUACAUCACUGCUGUGGUCUGUUUUAUGCAGUUUGGUGUCACGGAGAAAAUGACGGACAGAAAAAGCAUCUUUUAAUCAGCUUCAACGUCAUUCCAACGCCACAGCUUGAUUAAAACCUAUUAGCUCUCAUAUUCUGUCACUUUCUGUUAGUUUAAAAACUAAGAAAGGUACAUUGAUUUCUUGCAGCAACAUCAAAGAAAAACAGUAUUCCAUGACAAUAAGUUAAAAAAAAUCACACUAUAUUAUUGUAUAUUUUCUGGAGUAGGGACAAAAACAGCCUUUUGAUGCUCAAACAUCAAUUUCAUUAAUUGGUUUUAAUGCAGCAUCAUCAUCAUUUAAAAAACAUGGUGUGAUACUUCUGCAGCAGAGAGGAGUUCUGCUCAACCCAAUUCCAGUUGAAAACUUCACACAGGGAACGUGGAAAUGAGUGAACAGCCCCCUUUACAUGUGCAGCUCACAUCGAUCUGACUUUAAACCAAUCAGAAGCCAGGUUGGUGGAGAAAAAAAAAACUAGUUUGAAAAGAAAGCCUUCUGAUCCCAUUAGUUUCAGUGUGUUUGAAUGUAUGCAUGCUUCCCCAGUUGUGUGUUUAUAUGACUCUACAGUGGUGUGUAUGAAAGUGUGUGUGUGUAACUACAUCGCUGCUGCUAUUGCUGUUGCUGCUACUGCUACUAUUGUUGCUACUGCUGCUUCUCAUGCGCCCCCACCCCACUCACCCCCCACCACUCCUCUGUCCUUCUGUCCCCUUUACUCAUCCAAAACUCCAAGGAGAGAAAUCUUACCCUCUGCAGUCAAAAGCUCAAGUAUUACACAGAAGCCUGAGUGAGUCAGUGAGGAGAUAGCCCCGACUCUUCUGCCUUUGACUGCACGGACCUGCUUCAUACCUGCGUUUCUUUUCCUUUUUUCCCCCCCCACCCCUCCUCCUUCUUUCCUUUCCUUUCCUUUCCUUUCUUUUCUCGCCUUGUUCUCUCUGCGCAGUCAUAGCUUGUAAAUUGAUUACAUAAAGAAGAAUUUUAUGUUUUCUACAAGGAGGUUUGCAUGUUACUAUUAUGUGAGUAAAUAAGGUGCCUAAUGUUCAUGUUUGAGCAGACCACACCUCAGUCAAACUACUGCUUGGAAUUCUUGCAGGUGCUCUAAUCGGACCUGACCACCUGUCUGGGUUGAGUGGAUCAGAGUUAGUAAGAAAAAAAAAAAAUGUUAGCUACAUUUGCCAAAAAUGAUCUUCUCUAUCUUUUUGGAAAGCUGUGGACAGAUGUCAUAGUUGUGGCCCUCUGGAGUCUAGUCUUGAGCUCCUUGUAUGGUUACAGACUGAAUCUGAUCUGGCAGUGAAGUGGACAAAAGCAAAAUUCUGUAUCCACCUUGAAACUAAACGUUUAGUGACCACAGCUGUGUAGCAAAACUCCAGCUGCCUGUACGAACUGCAGUUCAACUUCGACCACUUUUAGCUCCGGUUAGACCCGUGCAAAGGCAGCCUGUAGCCUGCCAUGACAGACAGAAGUGGUCAUUCCUGUCGGAGCCUCUGAAGCCAUUCCAACCAGUAAUUUGACCAGCGUGUGGAGCAGACAUAGGAACCCACUUGCACUCAAAAAGCUCCCACCUUCGUUGUGCCUCACUUCCAACGGUGCUUUUUUCAGUAGUCUGUCUUUCUUUAUGUUUGUUUGUAAGGUGCUGUAUAUAACUUGAAUAUAUUAUGCACAUAUCCUACCCAAUGGGUAGAAACCACAAAAAAUGUUGUGAAUAAUGUAAUAUAAUGUAUAGACAAUAUAAGAAUUUUAAGAAGGCAGCAUCAAAUUUGUAAAUGCCUACAGUUAAAACGUGCUUUGUCUUUUUUUUCUAUCAGAAACAUGGUUUGCAAAGUAUGCUUAGAAUAUGGUUGCAACACAAAUACAAAUUACUACUUAUAAUAUUUUGCUAUGAAUAAUAGUCUGUUAUGAUACUGAUGAGAUAACCUGUGGAUUAAGGAAGUUGUUGAGUUUUUGACUUGUUUAUUGGAUCAUCGAAAAACAAGCUUUCACAAUGCUUGCCAUUAUUUGGGUACUGGCGGAUGUUUUUUGUUGUUUUUUUUUUUCCCACCUCAGUCGACUGAAAAAUGUAAAGUUCUGUAACACAGAUCUUGAAAGAAAACACACACACACACACACACAUCAGUUUGUGUUAAUGCCACGACUACAGCCAGCCUCGGCUGCAUCUCAACUCACUCUGUAAAUUGUUGAACAAAAAGUCAGAGCUGUUUAGUUUGGAAGAGGCGUCACCUUGCAAUCGCACACAGGAGCUGUGAGCACUUCCAAACAAGGAAGAAUCUGUGUCUCUUAAAUAUUAACAACAUUUUAGUUCAGUUCAGCUGUAAUGUCGUAUAUCUGCCAAAGUAUAAAUCUGUGGAGCACCGCUAUAGAUCUGUCUGGACGUUUGGUUGAAGCAUUUGAGCCUCGUUACAGGAGGAUCACCGACUUCUGAUCAUAUUCAUGUUGAACAGGAAGAGUGUUAAAACAUUCAAGGAAAAAAAAUGGUCAUUCCCUUUUUUUUUUGUUGUCUAUGAUUGGAAAGUUGCACCAGCGUGAAAGGAGUGGGAAUAUGCCGUUUAAACUGUCAUUUAACUUUUCUCUCUUUGUUAUUAUUAUUUUUAUUCUUUUCUACAUUACAAUGUUAUAUGUGGCACAGUAUAUUGAAACAAGUCAUGUUUAAUCUGCAGUCAUUUAUUUACAGUAUGUACUGAGAAUAACUCCACUGUACAAUAACCGCAGAGCAUGUUCAUUCUUAUCUAUAGACGAUGUACAUAGCAACGCGCCAUUUUCUCUUCAAAGCACCAAAUAAGUGGCAGUUGUGUAGUUUUGAUUUGGGAAAGUCUCUAUUUUAACUUUGGCUAGAGCGCCGCCUGGCUCUCCUUCUUAAUAGACUUUCUUUCUCUUUUUUUUUUCAUUUCCUGCACUAGCUUGAAGAACUAACUUGGGCUCAGACUGAUUUUUAUUUGAUUUCUGCCCCUGCAGCGCGCUCUCUCUUUCCACUUAUCAGAAGUCUGUACUCAACUGCUGACAACAAGUAGCUGUUUUUAUUGUUCCAGAUUUUAAUAAUAAUAAUGAUGAUGAUAAUAACAAUGAUAACGUCUCAACAGUUUGGUAUUCUCUCUGUCUUGACAGUUACCAUAGGACUGCUUCCAUCAUGGGUUUUGUAACAUCGAUUUGCUUUAUUUACAAAAUGACUCCUUCUCGUUCCCUCUCCCCCCUCUGUGCUGAAAUCUAGAUAUAUAUGUGACUGUAUUUAGUAAGCAUACAGUACAUAUAUAUCCAAACACAGAGGUAAAAUUGUUGUGUAUUUUUGCCUCUUUUUAUUUAAGCAAUUGUGAUGUAAUAGGUUUUAGGCCUAAGGUCUGUUAUUGCAAUACUUUUACAGAAAAUAAGAAAAAAAAUCAAAAAAUGUUGCUCUAAGUGCUGUUGUAGUCAAAGAUUUUAUGCUUGUACUUAUGCUGUAGUCAAACUGCAGCGUAAUGAAUAAAACUUUAAAAGUGA